AUGACAGAUCAUAAAAUGAUUUAAUUAGAAUUAUAAACACCUCCUCAUAUUCUAAGUAGUUAAGAUCAUAGAGAAACUCAAAAUUUAUUUGGUAUAUUUUUUAAAAUAAGAAUAGAAUAUCAAUAUGAUAAUGUUGAAAGUAAAGGUAAUUAUGCUUAGAAAUAUCAAUCAAAAAAUAGAAAAAUAACUUCCAAUAGACCAGAUUUUAUGCUACCUGAUAAUAGCAUUCAAACAUCUAAAUACACUUUGUUAAAUUUUUUUCCAAAAUAAUUAUUUGAGUAAUUCUCAAAGCUCGCUAAUGUUUAUUUUGUGGUAUGUCAUUAUUUUUAUCUAUUAGUUAAUGGGAGCACUUUAAAUGGUUCCAGAAGUUUCAAUCAGUUCUGGAAUUCCAACAAUAUAUUUACCAUUAGGUUUUAUUAUUUUAGUAAGUGGAGCAAAGGAUUUCUAUGAAGAUUACAAGAGAAGAAAAUCAGAUAUAGAAGAAAACAAGUAACAAGUGACUGCAUUUGAUGGAACUAGUUUUGUUAAAAUAGCUUCAUUUAAUUUAAGAGUAGGUCAUAUAGUGAAGGUUCAUUAAGAUGAGAUAAUACCAGCAGAUAUGUUACUUUUGAGAUCAAGUGAGAAGAAAGGAAUUUGUUAUGUUGAAACUAAAUCAUUGGAUGGGGAAACAAAUUUAAAAUAGAAAAAUGUGCAUGCCGAUUUAUUAUAAAUAUUCAAAUCUGAUGAUUGUUUUGGUUAAUUAGAUAAAAGAAUAGUCUUAAAAUACUAAGCACCUACUCCAUAUUUAUAUAAGUUUAUUGGAGAAACAACAACAUCUAAUAUAUAAGUGUCAUCAAUAAAUUUUAACAAUUUCUUAUUAAGAGGAUGUAAUUUAAGAAAUGUGAAAUAUAUUUUUGGAUUAGUAGCUUACACUGGACAUGAUACAAAAAUAAUGAUGAAUUCAUUUAAAGCAAGAACAAAAAGAAGUAAAUUAGAAGUAUUGAUGUAAAAAUUCAUACUGAUGAUUUUCAUUAUACAAUUUAUAAUGUGUGUAAUAGCAUCUCUUGUCUAUUCAAUUUAAUAUUAUAAUAAUAGAAUGACAUUAACAUAUCUAUAUAUAGAUGUUAAUACUUCAGAAUAUACUAUUCCAUAUAAUUUUUUUGUAAGAUUUGGAAAUUGGAUGCUUAUUUUUAAUAAUUUUGUACCUAUUUCUUUGUUAGUUACUUUAGAAAUGGUUAAAUUCAUAUAAGGAAAAAUAAUGAGUUUAGAUGAGAAAUUAAAUUAACCAAGAGUUUAGACUUCAAAUUUAAAUGAAGAACUUGGAUAGAUAGAACAUAUAUUUAGUGAUAAAACUGGAACUUUAACAUGUAAUAUAAUGGAAUUUAAAUAAAUUAUAAUGUAAUAUAAUAUAAAUUCAAUAUAGAGGUAAUUAAAAUUAUGGGGACAUUUUAAAAAGUUCAGAAGAAUAUAUAACAGAUGAUGAAUUAUAGAAUUUCCCUUUAGUUAGUAAUGUGGAUUUUAGAGAUAAAACACUUAUUGAAGCUAUUUAAGAUAAAAAUCAUGUGAUGCAUGAAAAAGUAGUGGAAUGUUUAAUGAUGAUAGCAAUUUGUCAUACUGUUAUAUCUGAAUAAAGAGAUGGAAAAUUAAUGUAUAAUGCUACAUCUCCAGAUGAAUUAGCAUUAUUAAAUUUUGCAAGAUUUGUUGGAUUUGAAUUUUUAGGAACUGAUGAAAAUAAUAUAAAAAGAGUAAGUUUUUAAGAUUAAAUAAUUGAAUAUUAAUUAUUAGAAAUAUUUGAAUUUACAUCAUAAAGAAAGAGAUAAUCAAUUUUAGUAUAAGUAAUAAAGACAGGAGAAAUAUAUUUAUUUUCUAAAGGAGCAGACUCUGUAUUAUUAGAUUAUGUGAGAUUAUCAAAUGAAGAAUUGAAUAAAAAUGAAUAUCAUUAGUUAGUUUAAAGACUUGAAGAAUAUGGUAAAAUAGGUUUAAGAACAUUGGUGUUAUCAAAAAGAAAAUUAGAGAAAUAAGAGUAUUAAGAAUGGCAUAAACGUUAUUAAUAAGCAACAUAACUUAUAGAAAAUAGAGAGGAGAAAAUGUAGGUUUUAUAAGAUGAAUUAGAAAAAAACUAUGAAAUAUUAGGAGCAACUGCUAUAGAAGAUAAAUUAUAAUAAGAUGUAGCUGAUACAAUAGCUGCUAUUAAAGCAGCAGGUAUAAAGGUAUGGGUUUUGACAGGAGAUAAAAUAGAGACUGCAAUUAAUAUUGGUUAUUCAUGUUCUUUAUUAACUAAUUAAUUAAUGUAGCAUAUUGUUGAUGAAAAAGAAGAAGCUUUGAUAAAAGAAAGAUUAGAUGAUAUAUUGAAUAAGAUUGGAUCUUAAGAUUUGAAUUAAAGAUAGGCUUUGAUUAUAUCUGGAGAUGCACUUUUACAUGCAUUAAAACCAGAUAUUCAAAAAAAGGUUUCUGAAAUAGGAAAAUGUUGUGAAGUGGUAUUAUGUUGUCGUGUUAGUCCAAAAUAGAAAUAAGAUGUUGUUACAUUAAUUAGAAAUUAAAAUUAAUCUUGUUCAACUUUAGCUAUAGGAGAUGGUGCUAAUGAUGUUAAUAUGAUAACAGCUGCUCAUGUUGGUGUUGGUAUUAGAGGUGUUGAAGGAUAAUAAGCAGCAAGAGCAGCUGAUUAUAGUGUAUAGGAAUUUAGAGAAUUAAGAAGGUUGUUAUUUUAUCAUGGUAGAGAAUGUUAUCGUAGAAAUAGUGUUUUGGUUUGUUAUACAUUUUAUAAAAAUAUUUUAGUUGUUUUACCUCAAUUUUGGUAUGGAAUUCUCUCUAUGUAUUCUGCUUAAUCUCUUUAUGACACUUUUAUAUAUUAAUUAUUUAAUAUAUUGUAUGGAGCAUUACCAAUUAUGAUUUAUGGAAUAUUUGAUGAAGAAUAUGAUGCUGAUUAAUUGACUGACAAUAAACUUCAAAACUAUUAUCAAUAAGGUCCUAAAGGUCUCUUAUUUAAUAUUUAAAUUGUAUUAUUUUGGAUAUUUUGUGGAUUUUGGUAAACAGCUAUUGUAUGUUUCUUUCCAACUUAUUCUAUAUCAGAAAACUUUGUAGAUGAUAAUGGUUUUACUCAUCAUCUAUGGGCUUAAGGAACUAUGAUAUUUGGAAUGGUAGUUGUAGUAUGCAAUCUUAAAAUAUUGAUAUUCUCUAAUACAUACACUCCUGCCUUAUUAGUAAUUUUUGAUUACUUAUUUAUUAGGGAAGUAUUGCUUUUAGUAUGAUAUCAUAUUUGCUAUCAUGGAUAAUAUUAGACAAUUUACCAUCAGCAGAAGCAUAUGUAGUAUUUGAAUCGUAUAUUAUAAAUUUUAUAUUUAGAUUAUUUUAAACACCAAACUUUCAUUUUGGAAAUAUUCUAGUAAUUGCAGCUAUAAGUAGCAUUGAUAUUGCAUUGAAUAUUAAAUUAAAUAGAGUUUUAUCUAAAGUUAACAAGAAUAUGUCUUUAAGAUUGCCAAACCUAUCAACAAAUGUAUAGCCAUAACCAUAAAAACCAUCUGGAUAAGUUGCUAAUCAAAAACAUACUGGAUUCGCUUUCAAUUGUUUAGAUAGAGAUGAAUUAGAAAACUAAGACAAAAUGGAUUUAUAUGGAAUUGAUAAUUAAGUUGAGUCUUAGAAUGGAUGA